AUGUCUAUCGGAGUCAAGAUACUGCAAAAGAUCGUCAAGAAUGAGGCUAUGGCCCAUGACCCGCCUGAGAUCUAUGGAUGGCGCGUAUAUCUACUGGCCUUCUCAGCCUGCUUCGGCGCCAUGUCCUUCGGUUGGGACUCGUCCGUGAUUGGUGGUGUCAUCGUGAUGGAUCCCUUCAUCAAGGACUACAACCUUGGUGACCCCAAGAGUCCAGCCUCAGCCAACCUGUCCGCAAACAUCGUCUCCACCCUGCAAGCCGGUUGUUUCGUCGGUGCUCUCGCCGCCAGCCCUCUGACCGACAAGUACGGUCGCAAGUGGUGCCUCAUCGGUCUGUCCUUCAUCGUCCUCCUCGGAGUGAUCAUGCAGGCUGCUGCGAGCGGACAUCUGGCGGCCAUGUAUAUCGGCCGGUUCAUCGCUGGUCUCGGAGUCGGUGCCGCCUCAGCAAUCAACCCACUGUACGUGAGCGAGAACGCGCCGCGUGCCAUCAGGGGCCUGUUGACGGGCAUGUACCAGCUCUUCAUCGUGACUGGCGGCAUGAUCGCUUUCUGGAUCAACUACUCGGUCAACGUCCACAUGUCGGGCAAGGUCAUGUACAUAUUCCCGCUUGCGAUCCAGGCGCUCCCGGCCCUGCUGCUCUGCUUCUGCAUGCUCCUCUGCAACGAGUCCCCCCGCUGGCUCGCCCGCCAAGACCGCUGGGAGGAGAGCAAGAAUGUGCUGGCGCAUUUGCGCAACCUCGACACCUCGCACCCCUAUCUCGAGGAGGAGUUCACCGAGAUCGUCGAACAGCUCGAGCACGAGCGCCGCCUCAUCGGUGACGCGACGGCUGCGAACCUGCACAGGGAGAUGUGGACCAUCAAGGGCAACCGCAACCGCGCUCUCAUCAGCAUCGGCCUCAUGAUCUGCCAACAGAUGACGGGUACCAACGCCAUCAACACAUACGCCCCGACCAUCUUCAAGAACCUCGGUAUCACAGGCACGUCGACCAGUCUCUUCAGCACUGGUAUCUACGGCAUCGUCAAGGUCUUGAGCUGCAUUUGCUUCUUGCUGUUCCUCGCGGACUCGUUCGGCCGCAGGCGGUCGCUGCUGAUGAGCUCCAUCGCCCAAGGUGUCUGUAUGUUCUACAUCGGCCUGUACGUCCGGAUAUCGCCACCGGUCGAAGGCCAAGCCGUGCCCCCUGCAGGUUACGUCGCGCUGGUCUGCAUCUUCGUCUUUGCCAUGUUCUUCCAGUUCGGCUGGGGCCCAGCAUGCUGGAUCUAUGCCUCCGAGAUCCCGACUGCCCGUCUCCGAUCCAUGAAUGUCUCAUAUGCUGCGGCGACCCAGUGGCUCUUCAACUUUGUCGUCGCCCGAGCCGUGCCAAGCAUGCUCGUGACCGUCGGCGAGCACGGCUAUGGCACAUAUCUCAUUUUCGGCAGCUUCUGCUUCUCCAUGUUCUUCUUCGUCUGGUUCCUGGUGCCUGAGACCAAGGGUCUAUCGCUGGAGGCCAUGGACGAGCUUUUCGGCGUCACCGACCACAAGGCCCCUUCUCUUGAAGACGGCAUCGGCUCGCGGGAUGAGAAGCCCCACCCCGUCGCCGAGCAGUCGGAGAUCCAGAGGGAUGACAAGUUGUAG